AUGUACAGAAAUUAUGAUCCAACUGCCUCGCCAGCUCUUUCACACUAAUCAUAGGAUGAUUACGAAUAAAAAAUCAAAUAACUACUUAGAGCUAAUGAUAAAUUAGUAUAUAAUGAAAUCAUUAUUAGAAUGCUGUUGUUAGAGAAGCACUUGCUGAAAAUGAAUAGCUAAAGGGAAAUAUUGAUGUACUCUUUAAAGAAAAUAAGGAUCUUAACUAAAUUAAUAUUGAACUCUGUGAUUAACUUGAAAAGGUAAAAAGAAAUACUAGAUAACAUUCAAUACAUGAUAAGACCAUAAAUGAUUAUGAAUAGGAAAUCACAUAACUCAAAUUAUUGCUACAAGAAAAACAGAAAGAGGUUAACUCUUUUAAAAUAAGAUAUAAUGAAGACUUAUAAAUAAAAUUAGAUAUUGUAGAUAAAGGUGCAAAUGUAAGAUAUUCAAUUAAAUAUAUUAGUCUAAUAAAUUAAAGUAAUUGGAAGAGUAAAACUAAUAAUUGAUAUAAGAAUUAGAUUUGAUAACCAAAAGACUUUUGGAGAGAGAUAAUGCUUAAGGGACAGUAGAUUAUGAAGAAUUAUUGAGAGAAAGAGAUUAAGAAAUUGAAAUACUGACUUAGAAAAUAAUACAAAUUUCUAAUUCUAAAUAAGUGAAACAAUUUGAUCCAAGUAGUGAAAAGAAAUAAAUAACUGAGACUGAGGAAUAUUAUGGUUAAAUAAUAAAAGAAUUAUAAGAGAAAAUUGAAUAAUUAAGAAUAAUAAUAAUAGAGAAAGAUGAUUAAUUGAAUCAAGGAUAAAAUUAAAAUGUAUUAAUUGAAAUGGAAACAUUAUAAGUUUAAUUAAUAUAAUAUAAAAUUGAAAUUGAAGGAUAUAAAACUAGAAUGUAAUAUAUUCAAAAUGAAUUAUCAGAAAAAGACAAUUUAAUUGAGGACUUAUAAAAAAUUAUUAAAGAUUUAACCAAAAAAGUUUAAAAUAGAUAAACUAAUGAUAAUUAGAAUCCUAAUUCUCCAAAAAAUAAUAAUUCUAAUAAAAAUUAAAGAAAUCCAGGAGAAGCAACUAAAAAUGCUACUGAUGUUUUCUAAUAAGAGGAAGAUAAUUAAGAUAAUUUUGAUUAGAAAGAUCCUAAUGAGGAGAAAGAAAAGAAGAAAAAGAAACAUGGUUUGGAAGGAGCUAAAAAAAAAGAUGAUGAAGAUUCAACUAAAGAUCUUUAAAAAAUUAUUGCUAAUUUAAAGGCAGAAAAUUAAAAACUAUAAUAAGAAUUAAAUUAAGCAAUGUAUAAAAUAAAUCAAUAAGAUGCUAUAAUAAAUGAAUAAGAUAAAUAACUUAGUUUAAUGGAAUUAAGAGAAAAGGAAAUUAGAUAAUUAAAAGAUUAAUUAAAUAAAUAAUUUAAAUUAGAAUAAGAAAAUAAAUUAUUAGAAAAAAAAGUUGGAGAGUUAGAGUAAAAAGUUUAAGAUUUAAUGCUUGAAAUUGAAAAUAACGAUUCAGAUAAUAAGAUAAAUUAAAAAACUUCAUAAAAGAAAGAAGCUGAAUACCAGAAGGCACUUUAAAAGUAUAAAGAUGAAUUAUUAGCCAAUUAAAAGAAGAUUGAAUAAAUCAAUAAAUAAAUGCAAGAUGAAAUAAACUUUUUUGAAGAUUAAAUGAAGGAUCUAUAAGAUUCUCUUAAAGUUAAAGAUCAAGAAGUUAAGAAACUCUAAGAAUAAAUUAAGGAAUUAACCAAAGCUUUAGAAAAGAGCAAUAAUUAAAGUGAUCUUAUUGAAAAGUUGCAUUAAGAAGCUAAUUCUUAAGCUUAAUUAGUAGAGGAACUUGAAUAAAAAAUUUAAUAAUAAGAAUAUGAAAUUAAGACUAAAGAAUAAGAAAUAAAGAAAUUAAAAGAAAAGAAUAGGGAUUUGUAAUUAUACUAAUUAAAAUUAAAAGAUUAUGAAGAAAAUAUUAAUAAAUUAAAGGAAGAAAUUGAUAAACUUAAUUAGAUUGACAAGGAAUAAUAAGAAAAUAUAUAUAAAUUAGAAUAGAGUAAUAAAACUAAAGAGUAUUAAUUAACAAAGUAUUAAGAAUAAACAAGAGAAAUGACAAAUAAAGUUAAAGAAAUAAAUGAAGAAAAAACUGUAGAAAUGAGAAAAUACUUAAUUUAGAAUGAAGAAUUAUAAGAAUAAAUUAGAAUCCUUGAAAUUGAAGUUAAAAAAUUAUAGAGCAAUAUUUAAGGUAAUUAAAGAACUCCAGAAAGAACUACAAAGUUAUAAUAGGAAUUGGAUGAAUUAUAUGAUAAAUUAAAUUAAUAAAUUGGAGAAAAUGGAGAUCUUAAAAUUUAAAUAUAACAUCUUUAAACAUAAAUUAAAUUAAAAGAUUAAGAUCUAAAGAAGUUAUAAGAAAAAUUAUUAGAAAUUUAAUAAGAUUCAAACAGAGAAAAUGAUUUAAUCAAGGAAAUUUAAGAACUUAAUCAAUAAAUCAAUAAAUUUGAAUAAAAUAACAAAUAACUAUAAGAUUAAAUUAAUAAAUUAGAAAAUCUUAUUAAAUAAAAAGAUUAAUAACUAAAAAACCAUGAAUAAGAAAAAGAAAGUUGGAAGGAAAAUUUGACUAAAUUGGAAAAUACAAUUGAAGAAUUAGAAACAUAAUAAAUAAGAGAAUUAUAAUAUUAAGAUAAAUAAAAUAAAGAAAUAAUAAAAAAAUUAGAAAAUCAAUUAAAAUAAAAGGAACAUGAAUUAAAGAAGUUAUAAGAUGAGAAUAGAUUAUAAUAAGAGAAGAUUUAAAGUUUGGAAGGAAUGAUUGAAUAAAUUAAUGAUUAAUAUCAUACAUCUUAAUAAUAAUUAAAUGAAAUACAAUUGAAAUUUUAAUUAACAAUCAGAGAAAAGGAAUUUGAAAUAACCAAAUUAAAAUAACAAUUAGUUAAUCAGAAAUCACCUGAAAUUUAAGCAGAAAUAGAUUAAUUACAUUAGUAAAUAAUUGAGAAGGAAACAGAAAUAAUAAAAGUUAGAGAAGAUACAUCAGAUUUAUAAUAAAGAAUCAGAAAUUAUGAAUUAGAUUUCAAAAAAUUGUAAGAAACUAUUAAAGAUUAUUAAAAAAAGUAAGAAAGAAUGUCUUAAUUAGAAAUAUUAAUUAGUGAACAUAAAAUAAAAGAUGAAACAAAUUAAGUUAAAAUUGAUGAUCAAAUUUCAACUAUCAAUAAUUUAGAUGCUAUUAUUUAAUCAAAAGAUUAAACAAUCAAAAAAUUAUAAGAAUAACAAAGAGAAUUUACAAAAAAGGGUGAUUAAUUAAUCAAUAUAUAAAAAAAAUUAAUAGAAACUGAAUAAUAAUUACAGGAGUAUUUAGAUAAUGAAAAUAUUAAUUAAGAAAGAAUUAAAUUCUUAGAGUAGUAAAUUUAGUUAAAGGAUUAAGAAUUGAAAAAAUUGAAAGAUUAAAUUAAAGAAAUUUAAAAGGAAAAUGAAAAGCUUUCAUCUAAAUUAAUAGAAAUGGAACAAUUAUAAUAAAAAAUAAUAGAACAACAAAAUAAAAUUGAAGAAUAAGAAAAUUAGAUUGAAGAACUUAGAAGAGAAAUAAAAAAGAAAUCUUAAGAAAAUUAACUUUUAGAAGAUAAAGCUUAAUAAUUGAAAAAGUUAGAAGAAAAAUAUAAGAAAUAAUCAAAUUUGAUUGAAGAACAUAAGUAAAACACUGAAUAACUUGAAAAUAAAAUAAAGUUAUUGGAAGAACAUAUACUAAUAAAUGAAGAUGAAAAAAAUAGUUUAGAAAGAGAUAUUGAAUAGUUAAGAAAAAAAUUAGAAGAAGAAAAAAAACAAUUUGAAAAUAAAUUAAAUUAAUAAGCAAAACUUAAAGAUGAAAUUAUUGCAAAAUUAAAAGAGAAAAUUGCAGAUUUAGAAAAAUUAGAAGCUUAGCAUUUUGAAUUUACUUAGGAGGUUGAAGAUUUAAAAGAGGAAUAAAAAUCAAGAAAAAACAUAGAAUCAAAGCUAUAAUCAGAAAAUAAUAUUUAUCAAAAAUAAAUUAAAUAAUUAGAAUAAUAAAUAAAAUAAUUAUAAGAAAAGUUGAAAUAAGAUGACGAAGCUAAUAAAUAAUUGUAAAAUGAUAUUGAAUAAACAUUUUUAAAUAUCAAAGUUAAAGAUGAUAUUAUUUACAAGUUAUAGGAAUAAAUUAAAAAAUUAGAAAUUUCUGUUAAAGAAAAAAAGGAAGAGAUCAAAAAGUUUAAAUAGGAUAUUUCAGAAAGAACUAGUUAGAUCUCAUAAAUAGAUUUGAUUGAUCGAGAAAAAGAGGAAUUAAAUGAUUAAAUUAGAUUAAAAGAGAAAGCUGAAGAAUCAUUAAAGCAAACCAUCAAUACACUUUAACAAUAAAUCACUAAAUUAACAAAAUAGGUUUAACAAUUAACUUAAGAUAAAAUAGAACUUUAGUCAUAAAUAGAUAAAUUAAUUGAUGUAGAGAAUUAAAUAAAACUAAAAGACAUAGAAUUACAAAGAUUAACUUAAAUAGAAAAUGAUUAUAAUAGAUAGAAAGAAAAAGUAAAAACAUUGGACAAGACUAUUACUGAUCAAAUUUAAAAAAUUAAAAUUUACUAAGAAUAUGAAAAAUAAACAAUAGAAUAAAUUCAAAAUUAUGAAUAAGAUUUAGAUGAAAAAUAAUAAAGUAUCCAAAAUUUGGAAUAAGAAAUUUAAAAAUUAAAGUAAUAACUAGAGGAUUAUUAAAAAUAAAUUGCUAAGAUUUCUAAAGAGAAAGAAAAUGUAAGUUAAAAAGUCAAAUCCUCUGAAAUAAAUCAAUAAAAGAAAUUGGAUUAAUUAGAGGAAUAAAAAUUAGAAUUACUUAAUGACUUGCAAUCAUAAACUUCUUAAAUAGAAAAUUUAUAAAAUCAAUUGAAAGAGCUAAAAGAAAGCUAUGAUAAAUUGAAGAAAGUAGAAAAAGAGAAAGAAGAUAUUAAGAAAACAAGUGAUAAUAGUGAGAAGAAAUACAAGGAGUCAAUUAAGGAAUUAGAAUAAGAAGUGUAAAGACUUAAGGAAGAAAUAAUUAAAUAAGAGCAUAACAAUUCGAAAGAGAUUGAAUAGCAAAUAGAUAAAGCAUAAAAACUAAAACAAUAAAACAAUUAAUUAGAACAAACCAUAAAGAAUUUAUAGAAUAAUGAAAAGAAACUUAAAUAAUUAGAGGAAUAAUGCAAUUAAAUAAGUGAGAGAUCUUAAGAAAAAUUGAAUAAAAAAGAUUAAAUAAUAGAUGAUUUACAAAAAUAAAUAGCUAAUUUGAAUGAAUAAAUAAAUAAAUUAAAUAAAAUUUUAAAAUCUGAUACUCUAGAUGAAGAAGAUGUAAUUGAAGAUUUUGCAGAAGAUGUUGAUGUAGAUGAUAAUAAUAAAACUAAAAAGAAAUAUGAAAAGGAAUCAAAGAAAGAGAAGAAUGAAUAAAAAACAUAUCGCUAAUUAGAAAAAGAAGUAGAAAAAUUGACCUAAGAUAAUUUAAAUAAAACCUAGUAAAUAAAAUAAUUAGAAGAAUUGCUUAAAAAAAGUUAAGAAUAAAAUUAAAAGGAUAGUGUAGAGAAAUAAUAAAAAACAUAAAAAGAAAAUGAAUAAAAUUAAACAAUAAAAAAAUAAGAAACAGAUAUUAAGAAAAAGGAUGAAUAAAUAAAGAAAUUAUAAGAAGAUAUAUAAAAAACAGAAAAAAUUAAUAAUAAAGAAAAAGAAUAUUAAGAAUAAAUAAAAAUACUUAAAAAAGAAAUAGACUAAAAGACUGAUCAAAUUUCUAAAUUAUAGGAAUAGAUUUAAAAAUAACAAAAAGAUGUUAAUUCAUAAAAAUAAAAGGAUGAAAAAUAUAAUAAAAUUGAAUAAGAAUUAAAAAAGAAAGAAGAAGAAAUAUCAAAAUUAAAAGAAAAAAUUGAUAAAGAUUAAAAGGAAAAUAAUGAAAAAAAGUAAACUGAAAAAAACUAAAAUGAAAUAAUAAAGAAACAACAAGAAGAAAUCAAAAAAAAAGAUGAAGAUAAUAAAAAAUUAAAAGAUUAAACUAAUGAAAAUAAUAAAUUAAAAGAGUAGAUAACUAAAUUAGAAAAGGAAAAAUCUCAAACAGAUGAAAAGAUAAAAAAAUAAGAAGAAAAGAUAAAGGAACUUCAAAAAUAAAUUGAUGAUUAAAAGUAAAAGACUCCAACAAAAAAUAGAGAAGAGCAACAAGGAAAUGAUAAAUAAGGAUAAUCAGAUAAAAAACCAGGAUAAUAAAAUGAUGCUAAAUAUAAAGAUUAAAUAAACAAGUUAGAAAAACAAAUAGAUGAACUAAAAAUUCAUAUUAUUUAUUUGGAAAGUUUAUUAAAAUAACAUGGUUAUGAUCUAAAUAAACUAAAACCUGGAAAGACAGAUCUUGAUUCAAAAAAUUAAACCCCUAAAAAAGAUGAUAAUAAUGAUGAUUAUCCUGAUUUGUAAUAAGUUAAUGUUGUUAAUGUAUAUAUUUGUUAUAUUUUAUUUAGAUAAGAAGAUUGAUGGCAGAAUAUAAGUAUGAGAAAGAUCGUUAUGAAAAUAAAGUAGUUCAAUAUACUGAUGAAUUAAUUAAAUAAAAUAAUUUGGAAAAAGAUGCUGAAGAAAAAAUUAAAUAUCUUGAAGAUGAUCAAUUUGUUUACAAUGAUCCUGACAAUCAAGAGCCAAAAGUAUAUGUAAUAAAAAAUCAAGGAAGUUCUAAUAAAAAAAUCAAAUGA